UUCACUGAGGAGUGGACGUCCGCCGCGUGCUCGGUUCGCCGUCAGAACUUACUUCGCGGUGAACAGUUUAAACUUAACUUGAGACUGUCACGUAUAAAUAAUCAUAAUUGUUUCAAUGUCGAUUUUUUUUAUUAAUAUUUCAUUUGAAAUUAAAAUGAUGAAUUGACAUCUUUUGUUAAAUCUUUUAAAUUAUUUUGUGAACAAUCAUCAAAGUGUUGAAUAAUAUCAUUCGCGUUAAUGAAUACUAUCGUGGCUUUAAAACCUGAGACUCUGUGGGCGAGGAGGAUGUGAGCGGAGCUGCGGUCGCCCAGGAUAGACACCACGCUAGGUCGAAGUUAACGAACUACGACUGAGGACCGCCGCGGAGCCGACGGAACAGAAGCCAACGAAACGAAACACGGCCUGGUGUGACCCAGCAAAGGCUGACCAUGGAAGAUAAAACCUUGAGCCAGAAACGACACGCGCCGGCGACCAGGAACCACAUCGUCUAUACCGACCACAAAGGCAGAAAGAUCCCGUACGCGGACAAAAUCACCCCGGAGCCGAUCCUGAACAAAAACGGAGGGCGCGAUACAAAGGCGGACUCCAUCAGGAACAGUUAUAAUAGCCAAUUCAAAGUUGGCAUUUACGGCUGGAGAAAGAAAUGUCUCUACAUUCUAGUCAUGACGCUCAUGCUUAUGAUGAUUGUCAAUCUCGCCUUGACGCUGUGGAUUCUCAAAGUAUUGGAUUUCAAUUCGGAAGGGAUGGGUCAGCUCCGUAUAGUGCCGGGUGGGCUGCAGCUGCUGGGCCAGGCUCUCGUGCUGGACUCCCUGUUCGCGUCCAGCAUCAAGUCCCGCCGCGGCCAGCCCAUCGCCAUCGAGUCCUCCAGAAACUUUACGAUCUCAACCAGAGACUCGCACGGCAUGACACAGACCAGACUAUUCUUAGGUCAUGAUCGUUUAGAAGUGAACGUGGGUAAGCUGGAGGUGCGGGAUAGUAGAGGAAGCUUGGUGUUGGGGGCGGAGCGGGGCGCCGUCACCGUGGGCGCUGACAACCUGGUGGUGGCGAGUCCGGCGGGCGCCUCCUUCACCACGGCCGUGCAGACUCCGCUCGUCAAAUCGCCACCCUCCAAGCCCUUGACACUGGAGUCACCAACUCGUUCUCUGGAGAUGCACGCGGCGCAGAGCAUCUCCAUGGAGUCUCGUGCCGGAGACAUCAGCGCCAGCUGCCUCACCACCUUCAGACUGAGAUCCAUCGCUGGUGCGAUAAGACUGGACGCUCCGAGCAUAUACAUGCCCAAGUUGAAGUCGGCACUACCCCUGCCCCCGUCGGCGCACACCCACGACCCGCAUCAUCAGAAUAUCUACCAGCUGUGUGCGUGCGCCAACGGCAAGCUGUUCCUGGCGCCACCUCACGGAGUCUGCGCGGCCAGAGAUGAAAGCUUGAUCUGCCGAUGAUGUCACAAGUAGUCCGGAUCGUGUAAUAGUUGAUAGUGAACUGUUCUGAACGGUUUGCUUUCUAUGAAUAGUGAAAUGUAACAUUCAUUUAUCGUGUCUUAGAUGUACCAGUACAGCUUCACUUCAAUCUAAAUCGCUCUUAAUGGUUUGCGCGUUACGUGUAGAAUGAAAUAUUAUUUUAUCAUUGUUGAACUAUUUUUAUAGGUAAGUGUAAAAUUUUAUGCAUUUGUAAAACAAUGAUGCGCAUGCCUUCUCGAUAUAGACUUCUUUACGAACACAUUGUAACGGAUCAAAACUGUCUUGUCUACUUUGAUAUCAAUAGAUGCUAACAGGGUAGGUGUGUCGGGUCGUAUUGUCCAAAGCAUACUGACAGUAAGACUAAACUAAACACUGGAGGAACGUGGGACCAGCGACGCCGGUACUUUAUAUGUACUUAUUGUUAUCAACUUUCCGCGCAUCAUACAUCUACCCUCACGUCACUACACUAUAUUAUAUAAUACAAAGCUCUGUUGUAUCUGACAGUCGAAACAAUAUUCUUAAACGAAUUGUUUAUUUCGUUUAAUAGCGUUAGAGUCUCUAUACAGCGACUGGAGCUCAGUGGAAGGUUGUCUCAUAGUGUUAUAAUAUUGAUCAGUUUUCUUCCGCAAACAUAUUCAUCACCGUGCCAUCGUCUUACAGGGGCGAGCCUUCAUCUCAUAUACAAAACGUUUAUAAUAACAUAUAAAAGUGACUACAACGACUUCGUGUUCGUAUCAUAGAUACCGUAUGUAUAAAGACGAGUGCCUUUUGGAGAUGCGGCGAGGGUAACGAUCGCCCGACCAAAUUUCCUGCAAACGGCUCGGGAUCCUUUAAAGUUGAAUUGUACGCGGUGUUGUUAUAGAGUUUAGAGCUAGCUUUACGGCUUCAUUUCAAUUUAAAAGGGUUUCUUUGUAAAUUAGCGUCGAGUGUUAUCACACUCAGAGUCUAUUGAAAGGACGCGUCCGUUGGAUUCUAGAGAAACGGCUGGAUCUUUUUAAUUGUGUCAAUUAAAUUUCGGCCUUUAUUGUAUUUCUUAAAUAAGUAUUGUUUAUAUUGGUUAUUAUUAUUGUAUUUAUGUAACUUUACAUUAUGGAUAGAGUAUUAAUGAUGUUGUUCGUCUUUGAAUGUGUUUAGUGAGCACCAGUUUCCGUUUGAUCGGCUUCGUCUGUAACUUUAUUAUAUUUGUUAGUUAAAAUAAAAUAUAUUUAUAAGACGAGCAAUGGAUGUCAGAGUAGAAGUGUGUUAGAGUGUAUCGAGAACAUAUCCUUUACUCCUGUUACAUCUAGAUCUGUACGAGUGUUGUAACUGUUGGUACCCAUGUAAAUAAUAUGUCACUAAUAAAAACAAUAGAAAAUUA